UCCUUUUUUUCUCCUAAACAAACAAUUCUUUUAUUUUCCUUUCCAUUCGUUUCUUCUCAUUCCCCUCUCUUUCUCAUGAGACUCUGAAAGCUUCCUUUCUUCCGAAACCCAAAACCCAAUACCCUUUUCAAAUUCAAACCCAAAAUGGGAAAGUACAUUAGGAAGGCCAAAUCGACAAUGGAAGUUGCCGUAAUGGACGUCUCGCAGUCUUCCUUUGGAGUUCGAACCAGGGCCAAAACCCUUGCGCUUCAACGCCUACAGAAAUCCUCCACUUCUCCGGAAACGGCCGGUGCAUCUCCGACUCCUGAUUUCAGUGACGACUCGUAUCUCCAACUCCGAAGUCGGCGGCUAGAAAAGCCGCCGGUUGUAUUGCGUCACCAUGAUUCGAAGAGGCUAAAGCAGCAGGGUAUUAAGGACGGCUGUGGGGAAAACCCUAGCCCUAAUUCGAAUUUUCGGGUUCGAUUGGGUAAGGAUGAUGGCGUUGAAAGAGAAGAAUUUGUGCAAGAGACUAUUGGGAAUGAUAAUAUUAUUAACAUUGUUAAUAACAAUGAGAGCGAGGAUUUUGGUGGUAUUGAAGCUUCCUUAGGAGAAAAUCUUUCGGACAUUGAAGCGAGAGAAAGGGGCUAUAGAGAAUCAACUCCUUGCAACUUGAUAAGGGACCCAGAGGGUAUAAGAACCCCUGGUUCUACUACUAGGCCUACCAGCUCAGCAGAGACUAAUCAGAGAGUACAUAAUUCAGUGCGAGGACAUAUCCCGACAGCACAUGAAAUGGAUGAAUUCUUUUCCAUUGCAGAAGAAGAGCAGCAAAGACAAUUCAUUGAGAAGUACAACUUUGACCCCGUGAAGGAUAAGCCACUCCCUGGACCAUAUGAAUGGGAGAAACUGAACCGAUAGACAACAUUCUUGAUACAUUGGGACUUUUUUUCCUGCCAAUUCUUACUUGAUCUCAAAGUUUAGGUACUCUCAACUAGCAGGAAUUAGUCUUUAGCUGUAAAGGUGCUGGUGUUAAUUUCCAUUUUCCAUUAUCAUUAAUUCACUUUGUAAAGAAAGAAUUAAGACUUAAAAUGAAAAAAAAAAUUGUAGACUAAUGGUCUGUAACAUAACAUAGGUAAUGAGUUACUCAAAAAUUACAAAUCAAGUCCUUUGUCUAACAGAUCAUCUGGGAAGAAGGGAAGGGAAUGAAGGCUUAGAUUUAGAGAAUUUAGGAAGUGUAGGUUCAGUCAAUUGGGUCAGUUGAUGUGGUAUAGAAUGUCUUUCUUUUUUUCUUUUGUACUGUAUUUUCCUUGUUUGUCCAUACUUGUAGUGAUGGAACUUUGAAAAGCUUUUUGGAAUAAACAUGAUCCCUUACCUUCUCUUUUUC